AUUUUCGCUGGAAUCUCUCUCGGCGCCGGGACCUAAAAUGGCGCCGGCGCGGCCGCCCCCGCCCCUUCCGCGGGCGCCAUAGAGACGGGGCGGGCGGAGCGGCCGCUCCUCGGUGCCGCUCUCCGCGCGGGCGCGGCCCCGGCUCGCUGGUGCGGGCGGGAAGGCGCUGCCGCGUCAUGGCGGGCGAGGGCGACUCUGAGCCGAGGAAGUCCUUUAAACUCUUGGGAUUUCUUGAUGUUCAAAGUGUCCCAUGUGCACGAGAAUCUGUGCUCUAUGGCUCCCUGGGGUCUUUAGUUGUGGGUCUUGGACAUUUUUUAGCAACUAGUAGAGUUAGAAGAUCUUGUGACUUUGCAGUUGGUGGCUUUAUUUCCACAAUGUUAGGAUACUGGUUUUACUGCAGGUACAAUUUGGCUCAACAAAGGAUCCGGCAAAGAAUGCUUAAAGAAGGAAUGAAAAACAGAAUGUUGUUUGAAGGCAGUUAUCUUGAUCCAGAAAAAAAACAAACUGGCAAUGAAAGAAGCGAUUCAUAGGCUGCUGUGGAGGAGUUGUGGUCUAAUACAGCUUUGGGAGAAGGUGGUCCAAAGAUGUCAGUCUGCCUUGUAAACAUGUGAGGUGUCUAAAACUGACAAAUCAUGGUUUUCCUGGCAAAUCCGAGCAAGAAAUUCAUAGUGAAUCUUUUAAGUCUGUACAAGCCUUGCUUUGUUUCAUGUCUGUAUGUAUGUGUGUGUGUGACUGUGCACAUAGUUAGGAAUGACUUCCUGUGAAACAUCUGGGAACUGAUGUGUUCUGUUACAGAGAGGAUUAACAGCAGUGAUUUGGGACUGCUUUUAACUUCCAUUGUAAACAGAGUGGUUCAUUUUAGCACAGUUGUAAUUACAUCUCAUUUACAUACAGGAAAAUAUUUUCAUCAGCUGUUCAGUAAGUGUAUCUUCAGUGCUACUGUUAACAGUGCUGUUAGUAAAACACAAGUAUUUAAACAGUAGACGAAGGCUUUGCUUGUGCAAGAUGGGUGAGAUCAGCGGCCUUUGUAAGAUUUCAGCUGCAGGAUAACCAGAUAACUUACAUACACUGUGAAGUUGAAGGAUUUCCAUGUUUGUUCUGUCUGUAUGAAACUAAGAAUAAAAUCUGAAUAAAAUUCAGAAGCAAUCUAAA